CUUACUUCUUGUCGACGACCUAAUUCUAAGCCCCACGAGCACUGAUAGGUUGAAGAUGAAGAACUUGCCAAGAUUUUGAGGUAGGUAUAGAAUUAGGGGCUAUCAGGGGAUAAUCAUGUGGCGCCCAGUUGAAGUCUCCUGGCGGAGAACAUAGUCCCUGUAUCAUCGUUAGCUUUGGUGUCACGGUAUUAAGCUGGCAACAAUAAUGCAGCGAGCUAUUGCGCCGCGCCAACUCGCCACCAGAGACACCACACAAUCAUGGGGUCGAUGGUUUGCCUCAUUUUUGUGGACACUCGUAUCGAGUAGUCAAAUCACAAGUCAGGCGCCAUGUAGGGCCGUUCACAACUGUGUGAUCUGUCGGGACCCUAUCUUCGAAGCGGAAUUUCGGGCACCAUGUGGUCACUUUUAUGAUAUCGGCUGCAUCACCAACCUAUUCAAGUCAGCGACACGCGAUGAGAGUCUGUAUCCUCCUCGAUGCUGUCGUCAGACCAUUCCACUCCCACAAGUUCGAUCUCACUUGACGCAGGCGGUUCUUACUGAGUUUGAACUAAAAGCUCAAGAAUUUGGGACCCCAAAGCGUGUUUACUGUUUUACACCAACGUGCAGACGUUUCCUCGGGCCAUUGCAUGAAGGGUUCGUCAGCAAAUUCUUUAUUUGUCCGUCCCCUAUAUGCACGACAAGGACAUGUGGAAAAUGUCGCGGAAGAUACGAAGGAUUCACCCACAUCUGUACUGGUGCAGAGACUGAGACUGAGCAAGUGCUCAAACUAAGCCGCGCCAAAGGGUGGAUACGCUGUCCAGGCUGCGCUCAGAUGGUGGAGCGUAGCACGGGGUGUUCUCACAUGACCUGCCGAUGCAGGACACAGUUCUGCUAUGGGUGCGGAGCACGCUGGAAGAGCUGCAAGUGUUUGUAG